AUGUUGGUACCUUCUCUCUCUGACCUCCUUUCCAAUGAGGUGGACGAUAAUAUCUAUUCUUCACUUGAAUUUUUGCCUCCACGGACUGAAAAGGGGGAAGAAAAACUCUGGAAUGAACACCUUCCUCAUUUCAUGAAAACGAAUCCUCUCUUUGUGGAUAUAACUUGGGGUGCUGGUGGUCGCACAAGCGAUAAAACAAUGAGACUCUCCAAGCAAAUUCAGGAAAAAUAUGGUAUUCCAGUUAAUAUGCAUAUCACAUGUACAAAUAUGCCAACUGGAUUACUAAAGGAAACUCUUAACUUUUGUUAUGAGAAUGGUAUACGAAAUAUUCUUGCCCUUCGUGGUGAUCCUCCUGAAGGUGAGGAGUGGAAACCAAAUGAAGAGGGAUUUACAUGUGCAUUGGAUCUUGUAAAGUUUAUUCGAAAUACUUAUGGAGACUACUUUUGUAUUACUGUGGCUGGUUAUCCAGAGGGUCACCCAAGUCGUAUCCAUGGCGAAGAUGGGAAAAUUACCGAUGAGGAAAUGGAGAAGGAAUUAAACUAUCUCAAGGCAAAAGUGGAUGCAGGAGCUAAUGUCAUUAUUACUCAACUUUUCUAUGAUGCUGAAAUAUUUAUUGUAUUUGUUAAAAAAUGUCGCAAUUAUGGUAUUACAGUCCCCAUACUCCCUGGAAUUCUUCCUAUUUCCUCUUAUCGAAGUUUAACUCGAAUGAUAAACCUUUGUAAAACCUAUGUACCUCCAUCUGUUUUGGAGCAAGUGGUGAAGCUCAGUGAAGAUGAUGAGGCGCUUCGGACGUAUGGGGUUUCACAAGCUGAAGAAAUGGUACAUGCGAUUCAAGCGGCUGAUAUUGGAAUUAAACACUUCCAUUUCUACGUUGUCAAUGCCCCUGAUGUAACUAAGCGCAUUUUAGAUGCAUUGAAUUUCACCCCAUAA